UAGAGAGAUACAUAAUUUCUCCAUUCACAUAUCUUAGCUUGCUCCUUCAAAAUCCCAUUUGGGUUUUCGAGUGGCUAACAAGUAGAAUGGCUCUUAAUUUUGUGAAUCACAAUCCCUGGAUUUUUGCGUUUGGUCUCCUAGGCAACAUUUUCUCGUUCAUCGUUUUUCUGGCCCCAGUGCCUACAUUUAUAAGGGUGUGCAGAAAGAAAUCAACGGAAGGAUUCCAAUCAAUUCCGUACGUGGUUGCGCUGUUCAGUGCAAUGCUACUGAUAUACUACUCCACGCUGAACGCGGACGAGUUCUUCCUGAUGACCAUCAACUCAUUCGGGUGUUUCAUUGAGACUCUUUACAUCGCUUUGUACAUUGCGUACGCUCCCAAGAAGGCUCGGAUUUUCACGGUGCGCUUUGUUCUUCUGUUGGACGUUGUCGGAUUCUGCUCCAUUCUUUUGGUCACCCAAUUUUUGGUGAAGCCACACUACCGAGCCAGAGUGAUUGGGUUCGUCUGUGGAGGCCUGUCCGUCAGUGUUUUUGCUGCGCCUCUCAGCAUAAUGAGGACGGUUAUUCGCACCAAGAGCGUGGAGUUCAUGCCCUUUUCUCUCUCCUUCUUUCUCACACUCAGUGCCGUUAUGUGGCUCUUAUAUGGCUUGCUCCUCAAGGAUUUCUUCGUCGCGCUUCCAAACACGUUGGGGUUCACCUUCGGAAUGGCCCAGAUGAUACUGUACGGCAUCUACAGAAACGCGAAGCCUGCAGGUAUUCCAGAAGAGCUAAAGCUUCCAGAACACAAAGGCGACAUUACUGCUACAACGGCGGGCGACGCUGCUACUGAGCUCCAAAUGCAGGCCGCUCCUCCACCUCAAAAUGAAUCGGACGGUGGGCGUGGGGAAGGGGACGCAGUUGCAGUUGCAGUCGAUCCCAAUGAGAAAUACUGCAUGGACAUCCCCCGCGGCCCACCCAUCCUCAAUUGUCAGGCUUGAAUACCUCCAAUCCCCUCCUCUCCACCGCUAUCUCUUCUCUUUAAUCUCUAAUGUUUAAUGUUUAUGUAAUAUAAAUUAUAUAACUAAAACUAGUCAUUUUAAUUUUACAACUCUAUCUCUACGUCGUAACCUUCGGAGAGGCUCCAUGUCCCAUAUCAAAUUCAUGUACCAUAUAUAUAAUAACAUCUCUACCCUUUGCU